GUCGCUUUUAUCAUGCCGGCACCGCCUAUGCUGAAACCUCUGCUGGUUCUGCUGUGAUUCCCUCGCAACUACUGGCGCCUACAGCACAUACAGUACGAGAGAGGGGUCGCCUAUGGCAGUAAUGGUAGAUAAUUUUUGCUGCUGCCGCUGCCGCCGCUCUACCUCUACGACGGCUGCUGCUGGUUGUUGUUGUUAUUAUUUUUGAGAAGAAGGAGUUCGUUGUUGGUUUCGAGGCGGUAGCAUUAACAGCAGCAGGUUGUGCCGCUGUUGCUCGUUCACUGGCUGCUACCGUUUGAGCUGUAGCAGGAGCAGUCACUAUUGAAGUAUCGACGGCGCGGUUAGCCGUGCUCUGUUACCGUUGUAUCGGUUUACGUCGCUUGAUCCGUGAUGGCUACGGUACUAUGGUAGCACCACUACGACUAACCGGCGUUGGCGAGUCCAUUGUGAGGUAGCGGGGGUGCACGGAACAAGAGGGAAAGAGAUCGACAGACAAGCGAAGCAAAGCAACUAUUGCUAAAUGCAUUAUAACCGUGACCAACAAAACGUGAACAGGUAUACAUAUAUUCACGUAGAGAGAGAGGGCCACAAGUACCAAUUCAACUGAGAAAGAUAAGAGCUAGCGGCGAAAAAGUCGAUGGCCUGCGGCACAACAAAACUGUGGAAAAUAUUGAGUUGAAGCAAAUCGCUGAACUAGAACCAGAAGUGGCGUAAUACUGGUUUGAAUUCUAUCGCCCCCAGUGCAACAAAGCCGGUUAAGAAAUAAUACGCCUAUUACUGGUGCUUUUUUGGGGCUGCUUUGUUGACGAACGGGUUGUGCGUGCGCACGUGCGUGAUCACAGGAAUAACAACCGUAAGCAACGUGAGUGGCCGGCUUGAGUCCCUCGAUCUUUAUGCCGGGAAGUUAGAUAAAAGCACUUGUGGAAUUAUAGAUUACAGGAUAAUAACUUCAUGGAAACUUGUGAGCCUGGGGACGUGCGAAAAGUAAAAAUCGACCGUACAGACGGAAGAGAUCAGUGCUGAAUUUGUGACGAUUGCUUGAGUGACGACAAACGAAAUUAUCCCACCAUUUAGAGCUCUCUGGCGAUUGUUCUCUUGGACAUUUUUCGUACCCAUCAGGUCACACGAUCGCUAUUCCUAUUCAUUGUGGACUCUACGUUGCUAUCCUUCGAUUAUAAGUGCGUGCCGUCAACGUGAAGAACAACAGUAACAAUGAGCGAAAUCGAAGUGGUUCGGUGCCAGGCUUUCGAGGUCGGGCCCCGAUACAGAGAGCUAAUCUAUAUUGGUGAAGGCGCCUAUGGCAUGGUCGUAUCGGCGAUGGAUACAGUCACAAAUGAAAAAGUGGCCAUUAAGAAGAUUUCCCCAUUUGAACAUCAAACGUACUGCCAACGUACGCUACGUGAAAUCAAGAUCUUAACGAGGUUUAAGCAUGAAAACAUCAUCGACAUUCGCGACAUUAUCCGAGCACCUUCCAUAGAUUCAAUGAAGGAUGUCUAUAUUGUGCAGUGUCUGAUGGAAACGGACCUGUACAAGUUGCUCAAGACGCAGAAACUUAGCAACGAUCAUGUCUGCUAUUUCCUUUAUCAGAUCCUCCGGGGUCUGAAGUACAUCCAUUCAGCUAACGUGCUGCACCGCGAUUUGAAGCCUAGCAACCUGUUGCUCAAUACCACGUGUGACCUCAAGAUCUGCGACUUCGGUUUGGCGCGUGUCGCGGACCCGGACCAUGAUCAUACUGGCUUCCUCACGGAAUAUGUCGCUACGCGCUGGUAUCGAGCACCAGAGAUCAUGCUAAACUCAAAGGGGUACACCAAGUCAAUCGACAUCUGGAGCGUUGGCUGCAUCCUAGCAGAGAUGCUCUCGAAUCGCCCCAUCUUUCCGGGCAAACAUUACCUGGACCAGCUAAACCAUAUUCUCGGAAUCCUCGGCUCACCGUGCCAGGAAGACCUAAACUGUAUAAUCAAUGAGAAAGCUCGCUCCUAUUUGCAAAGUCUGCCAGCGAAACCUAAGGUACCCUGGAACAGACUAUAUCCCGAGGCGGACCCGAGAGCCUUAGACCUGCUAGACAGAAUGCUGACAUUCAACCCUUUGAGGAGAGUAACGGUGGAGGACGCAUUGGCGCAUCCGUACCUGGAGCAAUACUAUGAUCCCGCCGAUGAACCCGUAGCGGAAGAGCCCUUCAGGAUGGAGAUGGAACUAGAUGAUCUUCCCAAAGAACGACUCAAGCAGCUUGUGUUUCAGGAAACGAACACGUUUAGAUCACGGCAACGUACACCACAAUAAUGCAGUAUCCGAGAGUCUGCACAUAUGAUAAAGAUGAUAUAUAUAUAUGUGUGUUUUAGUUUAACAGAUACAAAAAGAACAAGACAUAAAGAACGCAAUGGGAAGAUAGAUAUACGAAAAAAACACCUGAAGAACAUCAAUCAACACGAAACGUUUAAUGUAGCUUGAUUUUGCUGGUUUACUGGCAGACGCCUGUCAUAACUGCAGAAACAAUACGCAUUUGUCGUAUCGUUUAAAAAACUUAACUCAACCCGAUCGCACACUUCGUUGUUGCAUCGAGCUCCGCCACAUCACUGGCUGUACACGACGUUGACAUAUAUGUAUACAUAUGAUGAUAUAUGCAUCUGUGCGAGUAUGUGUAAAAACGACGCAUUGCAUUGAAAAGACACGCAAAUAAUAAAUGGCCAUUACGUGCCGCCAAGAUCGUAAGACCGUCUAGACUUUGAAGUGUAUUCAUGAAUGUACGCUGGGAACAUGGAAGGCUGGCUCUAACGAGAUAUAUUAACCUAAUCUGAGGAAAUGGUUAGAGGCAAAAGCCACGAAUGGGGAUAGGUGAGUGAGAGCUUGCAUACUACUGAGGUGCUCGACAAUACCGGCGGCAGCCUACGCUAAAGUUGUUACGCGCGAAGUCAGAGGUGUACCUACGCGCGUAUCCAUCUAUGUUACGUGAGUAGGAAAUGAUGGCAGCCGGGAGUAUUACUAUAUUAAGCUGUUGCUUACUACAGAUAUGUAUGCGGGUUCCAUGUUAUUAUUAUUCAUUAUUGUCAAUACUAUAUUUGUAUACGUUACCGUCGCAACUGCCACCAGCGUGACCCCCGUGUGGCCUGCCAUCCAGCGGCUUGCAAUCGAUAGCAGCAAACAAAAAACAAAACGUCACGUUUUCGCUAACAUUCUUUCUCACGUAUUUGUCGCAGUAUCAAAAUGUUAUCCCUCAACACGAGCCAGCGAAAUUAGUGUAUACGUUUUUGAGCGCAGUGAUCUUAUCCGCUGAUAAUGAUGUAGUAAUGAUAUGGACGUGCAACGUUGAAUAAUGGAUGGGUACGGGAUGACAACGUACUGGCCUCUCAGCCAGUUAAGCAGUUUAAAGGACAAAAGAAUUCCGAUUAUGAACUACCACACUAAUAAUAGCAGUUAAGUAAAGGGUGAACGAAAAUGACCACGCUCGCUGUACGGUGCAGACGGUCCUUAAUAGUCGUUUUUCCUGUUUGACUCGAAUUUUGUUGGUGUCACAGUUCCAUACACAGACAAAGUGAAUGUGUCGUAUUGUAAAGUUCGUGCCAGACGACGGCGCUUCGUCGUUCGUCAGCACUAAAAGCGCUCCGUUAUUCAGCUCCAUUAUAGCAGCCAAUUCGAAGCGACAUGUAUGUAGAGAGAGGGUGGGAUACACAGAACAAGUGUCUAAUGAAGUGUGUUUUAGUGCUAUUCUGUUCUCUUUCUAUUGGGCAUAUGCAGGGGCUACGCGAAAUAGAGCGCAUGGAAACAGUGCGGCUCGAGGUAAAAAGUUUAUCUGUGAAAGGCGAUGUAUUCUCACAAAGACAAAAAUCACAUGCGACGCCGCUGAAGAAAACCAAGGUGGAACCUUUUGUCUAUUAGGAUGAUGAUGAUGAUGAUGAUUAUAACUAUUGUCAAAAUACUAAUUAUGUUAGCAGUUCGUGCACAGUGUGCAGAUCACUAACAACUUAAAAAUCAAAUCGACUCUUUGGAUAACUAUGGUAAAUAUAAUAAUUACUAUAUUGAUAUCAUGAACAGUAAUAACAUAAAUGUAAUGGUGAUAAGAAUAUCAUUCUUCUUAAUUUUGUGAGAUGGUAUCAUCGAUUGGUAACAAUUGGCACUAUGACACUCAGCAUAUAAAUUCAAUCGCCACUAACAGGUAGACCAUAAAAGUUAGCGGUAAAAUAAAUGAAACCACUCCGCCGUGAAUCAGAAAACCUGGUGCCCAUACAAGUGGUGUGAAUAAAAAUGCAAAAAAAAAAAUAAUUAUACUAAUUCAUGAAAUAUAAGUGGUGGCAAAAAACAAUAAUGAAAAUAAUAAUAAUGUUCGUAAAAGAAAUUCAAUCGACAUAUUUUCCUAUUAGUUUAGAACGACAUCAUUAUCUAUAGGAUUAAAUCAAUUUUUUUUAUGUUAUAUUGGGAAUUGUAUCGGAUAUUAAAUGCGCUGUAGAGGUACCUUUGGUGUUACAUUGCUAGUGGCACGGUUGCUGCGGGUUGUCCAAAGGGGGUUCUAUACAACAAUUGAUCUUUUUUUUUUUAUAAGCUCGAAACGCGAAUGAUUUUUUAUUUUUCUUGCUUCUUGAUAGACCCCGCAAAAUAAUAAUAGAUCAUGUAAGUCUGGUUGUAGCAUUAGUUAUGUUUUUAGUUGUUCUGUUGUUGAAUAUCAACGCUUUUGAAGCCGGCAAGUAGUAACGCGCUGAUCGAUCGGCAACGGUAUUCAAUCACCCAGGGUAAGGAAAAAUAAGAGUUUAUGAAAUGCAUUAAAAGAAUAUAAUGACACUACUAGUAAUAAUGACAACAUGAUACGAAUAAAAAUGGUGAUGACGUUAUAUUAUUGAAUAUAAUAGUACAUAAGUAUAUAAAGCAGUUUCCUACUAAAGUUAUUAUUUAUCAUUGUAUUAAUCGUAAAACAAGUGAUAGCAAAAACCGCUGGAGCUGGCUGUGGCCUUUUCUAAAAAACCUAUAGUGGUCAUACGCUUCGUACAAUAUAAUAUGCCUACAUAUAAAAAUACACACGACACUCAAAUAGAAAAGAUAGUUACGCGAAACAAUUAUAAUAAUUAUUAUUAUUGUUAUAACAAUAAUAAUCAUUAUCAUGUACCCAAAAAACGAACUUCACUCAAUGUUAUGAAGGACAGUAUAGACCAGUAUAAUGAUACAUCAUGUUAUCUGCGAUAAUACAAUUAAAAAAUUGAAUACUAUGUCUUAUCGUAUACGAGACGUUUAAGAAGAAGUCGCGUAACGCACGUAUCCCGAUGGCAAACUAACUGAAAAAGAACUACUUGGCUAAUAUUUAUUACGACAGUUCCUAAUAUUAUAGGAGUAUAAGCAUUAUCAAUAGUGUCGAAUGCUAUAAUUGCGAUGGUCGCCUAAGGAUUAGAAGGCAGGCGUCCAAAGGCGCGUACUAAGGGGAAGGAUGGCUCGCUUCAAAGGCGUCGUAAAUAUUUAUGGGGGUGCGAUCAUUAACAUUACAGACAGAAUAGUAUAGCUGACGAUGCCGUGUACUUGAAAUGCUCAAAAACAUUCGGGAGCAUGGGCAAAGUUAAUUAACUGACUGAAAGGAACGAAAGUACGAGAAGGUAAGAACUAUGAUAUAUUCAUUCAUCAGCAGAUUGUCGACAACAUGUCACAUCGUGAUGAUACAGAUGCAUGCACAUACAGAAAAUUGUUACACACACAAAUACAAGCAUGCCGUCUGGAUGAAAAUCGCCACUGUCAGCAAGCACAAUAACACUAGACAGAGGUACUUUAAGUAUUGCCAAGGAUUUAAACAACGUUACACAUACUUAGUUAAAACGUCUCUUGGGACAAUGGUGGAUCUAGCGGUUAGUUUAAGGAUAAACAAUCACUCAUACAAAUACACAUAUACGCAGACACAUGGUUGUAACUCUAUGGACAUAGUUGCUACAAAUAAAACAUGCUUGUUCUCGA